AUGGUGAUAACGACCAAAGUGGCGGUUACGGCCGCCGCCAGGAGCACGAGCCACGUCGCCAUCAGCCAAGUGAAUCAUAUGGACAAGAUCGACGCGACGAGGACCAAUAUCCCGGUCACCAAGGUUAUGGUGCUCGUCGCCACGACACAGAAUCAUCCGGCUAUGGCGGAGCAGAAGGCUUCGGUCGACCCGAGCGCCGCGAAGAAUAUGGCCGACGCGAUGAUGAUGGAUAUGGGUCGACUGGUGCAUACGGCCGUCAGCCGGAGCCCACUUAUGGGUCGGCUGGUUUCGGUGGAGGCCGACCAGAACCUAGACACGGCCCUGGUGGUUUUGGUGGAGGUCGUGAUGAACCUGGCUCUAUGCCGGGUAUGCCUGGGGGCUUUGGUGAACGAGAUGACGGCCCGAGACAUGGCCCUGGCGGAUUUGGUGGACCAGGACCUCGCGAAGAAUCACGCUUCGAGCCGGGCGGCUUCGGCGGCGGCCGAGAAGAACCAAGACACCGCCCUGGUGGAUUUGGCGGUGACCGAGAAGAACCUGGAUUUGGUCGUGGCGGCUUCGGCGGACCUCGGGAGGAAGCACGUUUCGAGCCCGGUGGGUAUGGUGGUGGUCGUGAGGAGCCUGGCUUCGUUCCCGGCGGAUUCGGUGGGCCUCAAGAUGAACCUGACUUUGGUGGUGGUCGUCGACGAGACUACGGAGAAGAACAGGACGAUGGCGGGUAUGGGCGCCGUCCUGGAGGCGGUCGCCGUGGUUAUGGUGGCAGAGACGAAGACGAGAAUGACGGAUUUUCUCAAGGCCGACGGUGGUAACGACGAGGACGACGACAAAAGAAACAAUUAG